AUGGUAAAAUCAUCUAAAUGUUCGGGGAUUGUGCAAGUUGAUGCAAAAGCAACCAGAUAUUUGGACGGUCUCGAUGUAUGGCAUAUGGAAGUUGCUGGUCCUUCUUAUAAUGCUGCCAAUGACCAUAUUGUUAAUGACACAAAAAAGUCUCUCCGUACAGAUCUCUUGAACUUGAUAAUGAUACUGCGGAACCACCUAGAUUGUGAUGUGAACAUUGCAACUAAAAUAAAGGUGUUCUGCACCCAGGCAAUCAAAACCAGGUUAACUCUUUAUGCAUUAAAUAUGCUCCCUGAUGGUCGUUUUCUUUCAUCUGAGCUCGCCUCUGUUGACAUUCCAUUCAGCUUCAAUGGUAAAAGUCAAUAUAAAUCCAUACUUAGAAUGAUGGCAAUAUUUCAUGAUGAGAUUACAAAACAGGAGACGCUAAUUAAUGAGAUUAAUAAAUGUGUACUUCGAUCAAACGGAACGACUGUUCGUGAGGUGUUAAAAAUACCUGAAUUGGAAUAA